CGCAAACCGGUUUAGAAUCCGAGAAGGCUGUGAUGGGUGACAGCAGCCACCAGGAGAAUGCCGAUGGCAUUAGAAUGGAGGUGCUCCAGGGGUCUGUGGCCCUUGAUAUUGCACGGCGGACCAGCCCCCCACAGCCGUGGAGUCGCCAGAUGGGAAAGCUGUACGCAGUGGUGACUGUUGCAUACCUUUGCUCCGCUUUGAAUGGCUUUGAUGGCUCGCUCAUGGGCUCUCUGCUGCCCAUCCAGCAGUUCAGAGACACAUUUGGUUCCGGCUUGGUCGGUUCGCAGGCGUCCCUGAUCCAGGGCAUGUACACCAUUGGGGGCGUCAGCGCGCUGCCAUUUGUCGGCUUCGUGCUGGACACAUGGGGUCGCCGGAUGGGCAUGUUCGUUGGAUCUCUGGCCGUUAUCGUUGGAACGAUUCUUGGAGGUACUGCCAACGAGAUGGGCCAGCUUCUCGCCAGCCGGUUCUUCCUUGGCUGGGGAUACUCGAUGGCAGCUUCAGCUGCUCCCGCCUACGUGGUUGAGAUGAGCCAUCCUGCCUAUCGCGACAUCAUGACCGGAUUGUAUAACUGCCAGUACUUUGUCGGGGCCAUCGCUGCCGCCGGUGCAUGUCGAGCGUGUCUUAAAUACGAGUCCUCCCUUGCCUGGCGCAUCCCAAUAUGGUGUCAGUUGAUCUCCUCUGGCUUUGUUGUGCUUCUUGUCUGGCUUAUCCCAGAGUCUCCCCGCUGGCUGUAUAGCCACGGUCACCGUGAAAAGGCAUGGGACGUCAUCACGCAGUACCACGGGGAAGGCGUUCGGGAGAAUGCCUAUGUCGCCCUACAAAUCCGGGAGUACGAAGAAGCUAUCAGUCUCGAAGGUUCAGACAAACGUCCCUGGGACUUCAGGGGACUAGUCAACUCAAAGGCAGCGAGAUGGCGUCUGGUAUGUGUAGGCAUCGCAGCGUUUCUCAGUCAGUGGUCACAGGCCGGGGUAACCACCUACUACAUUGGAGGACUCCUAGAGAGCGCUGGUAUCACCGAUACAACAAGAGUACUGGAUAUCAAUCUAGGAAACACUGUUCUUUCGGCCGGUGGUGCUUACCUGGGAAGUGCUUUUGGUCCCAAGAUCCGUCGAAGGCCCAUGAUGAUCGGUGCCUGUAUUUCCUGUGGCAUCUUCUUUGCAGGUCUGUCUGCAAGCACUGGUGUUUACUCAAAGUCCCAGCAGCCAGGAGCUGCGACAGGGUCCAUUGUUGUUAUAUUCUUGAUUGGCUUUUGCUACAGUUUUGGAUGGACGCCCCUGCAAGCCAUGUAUUCCGUCGAGUGUCUGGCAUACGAAACUCGCGCCAAGGGUAUGGCAGUGUUCUCCGUCUUCACUAACAUUGCUCUACUCGUCAACCAGUUCGGCAUUGGAAACGCCAUGAAUGCUAUGGGGUGGCACACGUAUAUCCUCCUCGCUGGUUGGAAUAUGGUGCAAGCUCUGUUCAUUUACUAUUUUGCCGUUGAAACAAACAAGCGGACUCUAGAAGAGCUGACUGAGGUUUUCGACGCGCCCAACCCCAGGAAGAAGAGCACAGAGCCGAAGGCGGUCCUGGUGUCGGAUAGAAAUGAGGUUGUUGAGGUUAAGAAUCAGGAGUCUAUCUGA